UCAGAACACACACUUUUAAUAAGAUUUAAACAUCGCAGUGUGCAGACGGAAUCCUGGGACGAAAAAGGGUCACACUGACGCUCCAUCUGACGCUUUUAGAUACAGGUACGCUCUAUCGACGAGUGCCUCUCACAACCGGACUAGUUCAAAUUGACAAGAUAAAGAUGAUGAGUUCGACGAAGACAUCCUCUCCAAUUCUCCCCCGUAUCGACGACUGUGAGUGCACCCCAAGUGUUCAGCACAUCUUCCGACGUCACUACCUCCUGCAGAGCCCCAUGUACUACAUAAGGUGGAUAUACGCAAUCCUCUACUCUCUCUACCUUCUGUUCGUCUUACGCACUCCAAAAGACCGCGACAUUGUUGGCUACAUAGAGAAUACGACCAUGGCUAUGCUGAUUCGCCCUGCAACAGACGGCAAGUCGGGCGAAUAUGAAGUAACAGUUUGUGAUUGUAAGUUGCGUGCUUCCAGAGGAUACAAGCUGAACAACAUGUCACUGAGGUACAAGACAGGAAAAAAUGGCGUCCAGGUUUUGAACUUCACUCGCAACGGGGUUGACGUCACCAACAGAUGUGAAAUCUUUUCGACCAUCUACUUCUAUCAUAUUUACUCCAUGCACACCAAGUCGCAUCUGUUCUCCAAUAGCCUGGUCCGACACAUCGUGGAUAACGAUGUACACACUCUUCAAGAGUCGAGCUACACUUCCAUUCCGUUACAUUACGAGCUUCUCCAUUCGUCGCUGAGUGUGCUGGAGUGGGGCGGGAACAUGUCCCGAUACCUCGGCUACGGAGGCGUCUGCAUCAGAGAGAGUGUAGUGAAGGAGAGCAGGAACAUGAGUGCACUGGAAGGGCACCAAGCCGUGCGCCGCUGGAACUCACACGGGAAGGACAGCUUUGCCGGCAAAUUGUUCAGAUCGCGGCUGGCGCUACAGAGCGUCAUGGAGCGCCACGACAUCGCCCCGAAGUUGCUGGACGCUCUGUUUAACCACACCAUUGUGCACAGCGUGGACCAUCAUGGCAUCAGCGAGUGGUCGUACCUAAGGUUCUCUCUACACCCGUGGGACAAAAACUGUAACACCUACCAGGCCUUCAACACCAGUGUGUUCCGUGUCCUGAUCACCCAGCCCAACCUGAACCCCCUAGCACCCAACACCCUUCGCUCCAUCAACAAGCCGUUCUACCAGGACCUGUACCGGGAACUGAAGAACAUCGACCCCAAAAUGGCGGAUGUGGUGACCGCUAGCGUCAUGUACUAGAUACAGAAUAAAGAGACUCUUUUUACACGACCAAUGCUUUAUUCUCACCGACGUUUCGGUGACCGUCUGUCACCUUCUUCAGGGCAAUUCUGACUGGUUCACAUCGUACUGCAGGACAGGUGUCGCUGCUCACAGUUCAGAUUCGGUCAAAAAACGUAUUUACAUACAAAAACUAUUUACAUAUGUACAGGCAGCUUAUGCGGUUACACCCCUUUGCGUUUGGGACCGCAUUGUACAUAUUUUGCAUAAAGCUGCCUGUACAUUUGUAAAUAAUUGUCGUGUGA